AUGGGUAGAGUUGAAUUUGAAGGCACUAUUGAUCCCACGGUAGCUGAACAAUGGAUCGAGUGCAUGGAGAGGGUCUUUGAACAACUAGAGUGUACUAAUGCUGCCAAAUUUAAGUAUACUAUCUCUCUUUUACAAAAUGAUGCCUAUGAUUGGUGGGUAAGUGUGCCAAAUGCAAAAGCAAAACCCUUGGUGCUAACUUGGGAUGACUUUGUGAAAGCAUUUCGUGCGAAAUAUGUCCCCCUGCUUUCUCGCUAUGCUGGAGGUAUUAUUGAUGGUGAAAGAGACAAGUGCAAAAGAUUUGAAGAAGGUUUGAAUGGUUAUAUUCGAAAGUCUGUGGCAAUCUUGCAACUUGAGGAUUUUUUCAAGCUAAUUUCAGCUGCUCUUACUUGGGAAAGAAUCGAUUAUGGCGGUCCAUCCAAGAAGGAAAAGUCUGACUAUUCCAAGACUAAAAGUGCACAGAAGCCAUCAUAUCAUAAGCAGAACAAGCCAAAUUUCUCUACUGUUAGUACUCCAAGUUAUGUCCAAGGCAAAACUUAUACACCUACUUGUGCACAAUGCAAGAAGAAUAACUAUGGUGCCUGCAGAAGAGCUUCUGGUGCUUGUUUUAAUUGUGGAAUUCUGGAUCAUAAAGUGAAGGAGUGUCCUAAUCCUAAUCCUCUUUCUUAUACACAUACAAAGGGAUCAGUUCAAAAGCCUGUCACUACUCAUUAUCGAGCUAAUAGCGGUGCACGACCUAGAAAUGUGCACCCAGCAGUUCGAAUAGAGAUAAUCAGGCUAGUGGGUCGAGAUCUACUGCACGAGUAUAUGCUAUGA